UUACAUUAUCCAUGGAUGAAGUAAACCACCGGGAAAUGCCAGGUAUAUCGGAGUGAGCGGACGAAAACAAGCGAUGCUCAAAAGUGAAGGAUCGCAUUUCUUCGUUGAUUGCUGUUUCGCGAGAGAGGAACGCAAGGAGGAAGCGAACGAGAAGUUGAUUCGCCAUCGUCAUCACCGUCCCGUUGUUAUUUCCAAGAAAUAUUUCCGCGAAUCUCUCAACGUGACUUCCCGUAGCAUCUCCUCCUUCCUUUAGUCCUACUCUCGCACGGUCAACCGGGAACGAUGUAAGUAUUCUCCUCCGACAAAUCUUCCCCGAUCGCUACAUUGGGGAUGUUGGCGCGACCAUCCGCGACUGCCACCAUCGUCGACGGCGAUCACGAGCGGCGCGGUUCAGUAGUAGUAGCGGGGAGAGUAUCCUUCCGUAUCCUUAGGAGAUGUCUUACAGCGAUGGCGCACGCCCGAUACGAAAAUUCGGCACGAAGUCGCCGAAGAAGCUGUGCGUGACAAAGAGCGAGAACGGCGAGAAAACCACAACAACGGUGAACUGCGGCGGUCAUCAUCAUAAUCAUUAUCACCACAGUCAUCAUCGCUUCCUGGACGGUCCGCAGCCAUCGGUGCACAAGCGUAAUCUCUACGUUGUCUCCUUCCCGCUGAUACUGCUGUUUAAUGUGCUACGGACUCUGCUAUACCAAUUGUUUAUGGUGUUCAAGUAUCUGUAUACCUCUACGUCUCAGUUGAUCCAGCGUAGACAAGCGUCCAAACAGGUCUGCCAGUUGGAGAUUGUUGUUGGGCAAAAACCGACGGAUGGUCGUUUGACCAAUAGUGGUCAGGUAGAGGGAGAGAUCAUGUCGCAAUUGCCUAGACGUCCGAUCGGGCCAGGUCCUGGAGAUCCAUUACUUGCCAAGCAAAAGCACCAUCAUCGCAGAGCAUUUGAGUUUAUCAGCAAGGCACUCAAGAUUGAUGAAGAUAAUGAAGGACAGAAAGAAAUGGCGAUCGAGUUGUACAAGAAGGGGAUUGGAGAACUUGAAAAAGGAAUAGCUGUAGAGUGCAACGGUGGACAUGGUGAAGUAUGGGAGCACGCACAAAGACUUCAUGACAAGAUGUGUACAAACUUGGCAAUGGCAAAAGAUAGGCUUGAUUUCCUCGUGAGUGUGUGUGAGCUGAGAAAGCUGGGUAUCAACAAUCAGUAUCGCGCUGCUGGAAAUAAAAUGGACGGCAAGCAUUUGGGAAAGCAUCUGAGGGCUCGCCGCAAUAUACACACUUUUCAAACUGCUCAAACUUCAUUUAACGCUAAUCAUACUAAGAACACGAACAGUAUAAACGCGACAGUUAAUAGCGGCCAGACUAUAUGUACCCAAAUUCCCAAGCUAAAACCACGUUCGCCAAAAAACUGUCAUACUACUGAAGCAUCUGGCAGAAAAUUAUCAGUUCCUGGUAAACGGAUAACGGGAACACCUCUGAGCAAGAGUCAGACAUUGCCAAGAAGCAUGGGUAGGUCGACUCCUAUUCAACCUUGCCAUAGGACUAUGCCUAUCAAACCAUCGUCUACACCGCCUUCCGUGAAAAGACAGCUAUCCGUACCGGGCAAUGGUUCACCUAUUCGACGUCCAGGAACACCCACUACCUCAAAUAGUAACAGAAGCACGCCAACUAGAAAAGUACCUAUCUUAAAAGGCGUAGAUCCAAAACUUACGCAAGUGAUUCUUGAUGAGAUUUUAGAAGGAGGAGCGCCAGUACAAUGGGAAGACAUUGCUGGCCAAGAGACUGCAAAACAAGCUUUACAAGAGAUGGUAAUUCUACCGUCGCUACGACCUGAACUAUUCACUGGUUUGCGAACACCAGCUAGAGGAUUGUUAUUGUUUGGUCCGCCAGGAAACGGAAAAACGUUGUUGGCGCGUGCUGUUGCAACUCAGUGCCACGCAACAUUUUUUUCAAUCUCCGCCGCUAGUCUGACAUCCAAAUACGUCGGAGAAGGUGAGAAAUUAGUAAGAGCUUUGUUCGCGAUUGCACGAGAAUUACAGCCGUCCGUUAUUUUCAUCGAUGAAGUGGAUUCGUUGUUAAGCGAGAGAAAAGAUAACGAACAUGAAGCUUCCAGGAGAUUAAAAACAGAAUUCUUAGUAGAAUUUGACGGUUUGCCUUGUAAUCCUGAAGAGAGAGUGCUCGUUAUGGCUGCUACAAAUAGACCACAAGAAUUGGAUGAAGCUGCCUUAAGGAGAUUCACAAAACGUGUAUAUGUUACAUUGCCGGAUCUGCAGACAAGAAUUGUAUUACUUCAGAGGCUCUUGGCCAAGCAUAAUGAUCCUUUAACACCCGAAGAAUUGAACGAGAUGGCAGUCCUAACAGAGGGAUACUCAGGAAGUGAUUUGACUGGUUUAGCUAAGGAUGCAGCACUUGGACCUAUCAGAGAACUGAAUCCAGAUCAGGUGAAAGAAUUGGAUCUCAAUUCUGUUCGUAAUAUCACAAUGCAAGAUUUCCGUGAUUCUCUCAGGAGAAUUCGUAGAUCCGUUUCGCCGGCAAGUUUAACUACUUAUGAAAAAUGGAACUUCGAAUACGGAGAUGUGAGUCUUUGAUUUAAGAAUCAUUUGGACUUUGAGAAUAAUCGUAUUUUGAAUUAGAUAUAUUCUACAAAACGGAAUUACAAUGGCAUUACAAAUAACGAAAGAAACAUGUAAUAUCGAAUGUCUCGAUACAAAAACAAUUUUUGCAUUUUUAUUCAAUUUCAAUGAACGAUAUAUCGAUGUUUAUAAAGAGGACGAGCGGGAAGAUAAAGAAGAUAUAUUCUUCAAUUCCUAAGAUACUUUCAUCUUAACAACAAACAAGUUACUAGAUUGAUUCGUAUUGUUAUUGCACCUAGCAUUAUAAAUGUAGUUGUUCAAUUCUUGCCUUAUUUUUACAUUAGAGCGAUCUUUUGUGACUAAUAAAACUUACAUUUUUUAAGUGAUUUAAAGUAAAAUGUAUGUCAAAGAAUGUUUCACAUUGAUGAGAUACAUAAUACUCCAUUUCUACUUAAUGCUCAGAUAUUUGCAUUUAUAAUCUAGCAUGUACAAAAAAAAAAAUGAGAAAGUGCACACAAUUGAUUC